AUGGCUGCCUUCAUGGCGGCAGAAAAAGAAUGGGGGGAUUCUUGUUACAAUAAUGAUUACUCUUUAAAUUUAAGUAUAUCCAGGCUUGAGUCCUAUGAUAGGAACAAGAACUUUUUACCACCGCCUGUUCUUCUGCCAGAACCUCUAGAUGUGAACUGGCCAUCCACUGGAUUUCAACAAUUGAAGCCAGAUCACCAAGGACUUUUACCUAGUGUAACAAGGGACCAAACAGAAGCCUACUUUCUUCACCGCCUUGCAGGUGAUAAUGACUCGGCAAGAAAUAUUAAGGCCAUCAAGAAUGGUGAAUUGUUGUACGAUUCGAAGAGAAUCCUGGCGUGUUCUGUGCUCAUUCAGGCCGACAUAUUUUUUACGGGAAUAGUCAGUGCAGCCAUGAAAAAUAAGGUGACAUACAACUACAAGCUUCGACUAGAAAAGCAAUCCGGAGAUAUUUUAAGUUCCCACUGCGAAUGUCCUGCUGGUAAGGGCCCAAACGGAACGUGUAAGCAUCUAGCAGCAGUGAUGGUGAUGCUGGAGAAGUUCACUGGGUUAGGAGAACUGACUGGCAUUGAGAAAACGUGCACAGAAAACCUUAUGAUGUUCAAUAAACCAAAGAUUUCCCAUAAAGGAUCACCAGUAAAGGUAGAACAUCUUUCACGAAAACGCAAGUCAGAGUCAAUAUUAGAUGAUCCCCGUCCAGAGAAGAGGAGGAAUAUGGAGGGUUUUGAGGACAGGGUGAGGAACAUCCUCAUCAAUUAUACCGCAAAAUCGUCGGCAGAUAUUGCCUAUCGCUACUUAUUCAAAGGAGCUGAUUUGAAGUCUGCAGUUCAUGAUCAUGAUUAUCUCUCACUACCUUUCACUGAGUAUUGGGUUGAUGAAGCAUUGAAGGUGAAUGAUUUGGAGAGAGAGAAGAUAGAAGUUGCAACACGUGGGCAAUCGACUAACAAAAAAUGGUUUGGAGAGAGGACCUGGAGACUAACUGCAUCUAACUUUGGACAAAUAUCCCAUAUGACGGACAGGCGAAACAAGGACAAAUUAUGUGAAUCAAUAUUCUCAUCAAAGCAGAUUAACUCUUUAGCAACAUUGCACGGUAAAAAUUAUGAAAGGAAAGCUAUAAAAUGUUUUGAAUCUGAAUACAAAGUUAAAGUUAAGGGAUGUGGCUUUUUUAUUUACACAGAAAAACCAUUUCUUGGUGCUUCCCCAGAUGGAAUUAUUGACGAUAUGCAUAUUGUUGAAGUUAAAUGUCCAUAUUUAGGUCGAAAUGUAAAUAUCGAAUUAAAGUGUCUGAAGUAUUUUAGGUAUUUAGAGCAAAAAAAUGGAGUCAUUCAACUUAAGAAAUCAUCAAAUUAUUAUGAUCAAAUUCAAGGUCAAUUACUUAUCACUGGAAGGCAAUUUUGUUAUUUUGUAGUUUAUACUUUUAAAUCACUGUUUGUAGAAAAAAUUGAAUUUGACCAGGAGUAUUGUAAAUUUUGUUUAGUUCCUAAACUAGAUCUGUUUUAUAGAAAGUGGUUCCGACCAUUUGUUGCUUCAAAGUUGUAUGCAAAAUACUCUGGUAAUUCUUGCAGUGCAAAAUAUUGAAUGCAUUUUAUAAGCCUACCAUAUUUAUUAUAUUGCUGCCAGGAAAAUAUAUUGUGCUGACAUUCAUUGAUCAACUCUUUGUAAACAUUAAUUGCUGUAAAAUUAUUUAAGGAAUCACUGUCUAGUUAGCAUAUAGUGUCAUUGUGAAAUAAAAUUGUACAUAUAAAUUUAUAAAAUGUAGAUUUUAAAAUGUAGACUAUUAGAUUUAAAUUACUUCCAUGUCAAUUUCAAAUGUACCCACCCACUGACAUCAAACACAAAGACAAUCGCACAAGAUUUACAUGCAUAUUUAGGCCUCCUUAGCUCUUGACCUAUUGAUUUGCCAAAUUUACAUUCUGGUAGAAUUAUCAAGAAAUCAACUCCACUAACCUUCAACAAGUUAUCAAAGAGAAAACAAAUAGAAAUGGAAAUAUAAAGAAAUUAACUCCACUAAACUUCAAAGAGAUAUCACAAAGAAAAAAUACAGAAAUGGAAAUACCCAGUAUUUCAUUAAAAUGUUUAAAACGAGUUUAUUUAUUUUGUGGGUCUAGUCACUUUAUGGCAAAUCCCCAUUGAAAACAACAUUUAUUUUCUGUAAACUGAUGCCUUUGCAAAAGGAACCUUUGUGUAUUUUAGACUGUUUUAAGUCUUAGUAGAUGGACAUUUUGUGUUCC